AUGCAAAUACACCUUGCAAGUUCGAUACUUUUAAUGACCAUCUUGGUACUAACAGCAAAUGCCAAACCUCGAGUAACCACAGCUCCAUGCUGUGAUUACCGCUUUAUUGCUGGAUGUGUCAUAUGUUACGGAACAACUGACGAAGACAGUUAUUCAAGCAGUCCCUUUGGCAAUGUUCCUACAUACGCACCGUAUGCUCCCACACACGCAUCGACUCUCACAUAUAAGCCUGCGUCCACAUAUGAGUCUACUCCGGUAUCUACAAAUUUUUCUACCACGUCUAAUGGUUUCUUCAAGGAACCGUAUUUGGUAUUUAAAGUUGGAGGCGUAUGUGUAGUCUUGCCAUUGAGUAGCAUUAUUAUUGUAUGGAGGUUCUUUUGUAAAGGAAGAAAAAAGCAACAAGAGGAAGAUAAUAAGAUUGAGAUGGGUUUAAAUAUACAAUUAUCAAAUUAA